CAAUCCGUGUUGGGCUCAAGAGUCAGAGGAGGUGAUACUGGGCUUGGAAAGUAGGGAAAGUGGGACAGUCGUGAGGGCGUAUGGUGUUGCAUACACGCCUUUCAGGUUGAUGUCUUGACAACGCGAAGUUUGUCGCUUGCUUCCAUCUCACGGAAGCGGCACACGCUCGGCGUGUGCCAGUAUUGAGAAGGGGAAAGCCUCAGUCAAUGCCAAAUUUGGGAAGCGGGGUGGAGGAAAUGGCAUUUCAGCUGUUUUUGCUGCCCGAGCGCGGCGCUGCUGCUGGUGGUGGUGACGCCUGAAGGGAGCUUCAGUAACGCGGGAUACAUCUCUAGCAGCCGAAGAUGGUGAUUUCAAGUGUUUUGUUAUCGUCAUGGCAAACGGAACCGGCAGCAUCAUGUUGAAAUGCGUGGUCGUCGGCGACGGCGCCGUUGGAAAAACUUGUCUGCUGAUGAGCUAUGCCAACGACGCGUUUCCAGAGGAAUAUGUGCCCACUGUCUUUGAUCAUUAUGCAGUGAGUGUGACGGUUGGGGGAAAACAGUACCUGCUGGGGCUGUAUGACACUGCGGGUCAGGAGGACUAUGAUCGCCUGCGACCCCUGUCCUACCCCAUGACAGAUGUCUUCCUCAUUUGCUUCUCCGUGGUGAAUCCAGCCAGCUUCCAGAACGUGAGAGAGGAGUGGGUCCCUGAGCUGCAGGAGUACGCACCCAACGUCCCUUACCUGCUCAUCGGCACUCAGAUUGACCUGCGGGACGACCCCAAGACUAUUGCCAAGCUGAAUGACGUUAAGGAAAAACCCAUUGUGACAGAACAAGGCCAAAAGCUAGCAAAAGAGAUUGGUGCCUGCUGUUAUGUUGAAUGUUCAGCGUUGACACAAAAAGGCCUGAAGACUGUGUUUGAUGAGGCCAUUAUAGCCAUUCUGGCUCCUAAGAAAGGUGCACUCAAGCGAAGACUGGGCCCACGCUGCAUCAACUGCUGCCUCAUCACAUGAUACACCAGCUCAGGGGCGUCCAGUGAAAGAAAGCAAGAACUGACGGUGACCAACUGAAGCAAGGCAAACCAAUGGGCCCAGAAAGUCCAAGUUAGGGGUGAAUGACAGGCAGAACUGACAAAAAGACACAUUGUUCAGGGAGAAAUGACACAAGAACACUAAACAUUGAGAUAUGGAAUACAAGGAAACGGAUAAAAUGAUUUUUUUUUAACAUAAAAGCACAGAAAACAGACAGUGAAAAGGAUGUUUGAGACACUCUUUCUAAUGACUAAGAACAAUCGAACUGUAUUUCCGUGUCAUUCGAGAGACGAAACCCAGACAGGCCUAAACAGCACAACCAAACCCAUCGUUCAUUUACAGAAGUAAGACUUUAUUUAACUUCAAAAAGGGAAACUCCGCAUCUCAAUUUGGGUUGCAAAACUGUUGCUUUUUACAAAAUGUCUCAAGCUUCAUUUACAGGAACAGCUAGAGGAAUGAUCGAAUAAAUAUACUGCCAUUAGGAGCGUACGACAAAUUAAAUAUCUAUCCUACAAAAAACAAACACAGAAACAACAGAUUUUUUUUGUGUUGUAAAUGUGACCUCAGAGUCCUUGGAGCACGUACUGGGAUGGACAGCCGUUUUUUUUUUUUUUUUUGACUCCAGCCUGGAUCUCUUUAUCUCAGUUCCUUGUGGCCUGUGAUUGUGUCAUUCUUUCCUCACUUGAGCUUGUAGGUGAGCUGUUUGCGAUGCCAGUGGAUCCAGACGGGAGCGGCGAGGAGGCCGGUCAGAAAUCCAGUAGUUGCCCCGAGGGUACAGGAGAUGGGCCAAACCUGGAGCCACAAAAUAAAAAUGAAAACUUAUUUUGCAGGAGCACAAGUGACUGACUGCAAAUUCUACAAAAUCACUGUGGUGUUUUACCAACCAAAUUUUGUAUUUGAGACUGCUUUCUUCCUCUUUCUUUUUUUAAUGUAGAGUUUUAAGUGUUACGUAUUGGUGGCCUUGCCUCUCAGGUGUGUGCCGACUGCUUUGCAUUUUGAAUUUUUGCUUCUUAUGAUCAAGGUGAUUUCAAAUGUUAUUUGAGCUUUUUUUUUUUUUUCAAAAUGAAUUU